AUGUCUCCUACCCAUGGCCUGCUGCCACGUUCCACUUUCAUUGUUUGGUCCCAAUAUGGUCCAACUGACAGGCCCAACAUGAUGUCCAUAGGGAAAGACUUCCCCCUCUCUGUAUCCAACUCUCUGGUGAUCCUGGGCAAACUGAGCAUCUGCCCAGCUUCCCCUGCCUUGACACCACUGCUGCACGUGGACAGGGCACAUACUAUUGUGGGACCCAGCAGCAUUACCAAUGAGGAG